AAGUUUUGCAAAGCAUUCUAAGAAUUUUAAUGACAAAAAUCUUGAAGAACUUGAAGAAAAUAAAUGUUAUAAAUUAAAGUUGUGGUCCAAAUCAGAAUAUUCAAGUAUGAAGCUUCUUACUAUUAACUCAUUAAGUGAAGAUAAAAGUUUAUUUUUGCAUACUGAUCCAAAUAUUUGUGAACAUAAGGAAAAUGAAGAUAUCUUGCCAGAAUGCACUCAAGAUGUUUUUGAUACUAAUGCAGUAUCCAAUUUUAAAAAAUUUAAAAAUGAUAAAAAUAAUUUAUUAAAUCUAUUUUUGACCCAAUUAAAUUUAAAUAAUCAAGACUGUAAUAUAAGAAAAGAGACUUUGCCAAUAGAAUCAUCACCGUCGUUCAAAAUUAUCUUAUUGUUAGAAGAAUCAUUGAAAGAAUCCAUGGGAUUUUUAAAGAAUUUAAUCAGUACAGAAAAAAAUUCUAUGCUUAAACCUGGUAUCUCUUGUUCUGAUAAUUAUUUUAAAGCAGUGCAUAACUUUGAUUCCAAUUGCUUUCGUUUUGAAAACACGUCUGUUACGUUCAUUGUAAAUGAAGUUGAAUGUAGGAUGGUGAAAACAUUACAGUAUUUGUAUGAAUUGUUAGAUUUUGACAGUGUCAGAAGCAUUUUGAUGAAUUAUACUUUAGAACAUUCUAAUGAAGACAGUAAAAUAAAAUUAAAUGAAAUAACAAAGAAUAAUGAAAUAUCAACAGAAAAAGCCAUUCAUCCACUUAUUCAUAUUGUAUUACUCUCUUCAACUCCAUUAUAUUACGAAGAAAAUUGUAUUAAUAAGUCUCUCGUUGAAUGGUCACUGAUGGUGCUUGUUAAAUUAGCUGAAUAUAACUGCAAAAGAUUCGACACUUAUCUACAAUAUGUCAAUAUGAAGUCAUUAAUUAGCGGAAAAUGUGGUCUGCUGUCAUCAUAUCUCGUUUUAAAACUGAUGCAAUGGAUUUUACCGUUAAAAUCAGUAAUGUCGAUCUGUAAACACACAGAUACAUGUAUAUAUAGAAGUUUUUGUGAAUUGUGCCAAAAAGUUCGGAAUGAAGAUUUAUCUACGUCUAGUUUCAAAGUAAUGAAUGAAAUCCUGAAUUUCAUUUCUGGAAUGAUAAGUUCUCACGGGACGUUGUCAGACAACACAAAUAAUUGCCCCUGUCUUCAAGAGUUGUUUGAAGAAAUAAUGAAAAUAUUAAAUAAAUACAUUAAAGAUUACGUAAGCGGACGAAGCAAAAAUAUUCACCUGAUUAAUAAAGGAAUGUCUCUAUUGAAUACAUUGACAAGUCACUUUAACAGUUUCGAAGACCAAUUCAUAAACACCCAACCUGUUUAUGUUAGUCUGUGGAAUGAGGGUCUGUCUUUGUCUUUUAAAAAUCGUUUUCUACAAUAAAGUUUUAUUGCUUUUACAUAAGUUUUUUGUAUUUUUGCACAUAAAAUUGAUGAUUAUUAAUUAUAAAUACUUUUGUUUUGAGUAGAAUAACUUUGGAGAAAAAAUAUUGUGGGAUAUUUAUGUAAUCAAUAGGCAUUAAAAUAUUGGUAAAGCCAAUUAUUAUAAUACAUUUCAAGAGUUUAUGAUACACUCGUUUGACCUAAAAUUCUUCUUUUCAAAACUAUAUAUUUUAUCAUAAUCUAUAGAUAACAUGGUCAUACCACUUCAUUUAUUUAUUUAACAAAAAUUGGCAAGAUGCCACAUUUUGCCCAAUUUUUGUAAUACAUACACGGGAACAAUAUUUUAUCUGUUACCUGGUGUGGUUUUCUGCUAUUUUUUUUCACAGUAAUUUAACUAAGAUAAAUAUAAUAUUUCUAUCAUAGUAAUCUGUAUUCAUCUAAAAUUACAAAUAAUGUAAAUUCAUAUUUUAUUUUAGCUGAAGUUGAGAAUAAUGACCAGAUGUUUUGCACCUGGUUGUAAGUCAGGCUUCACUGUAUAAAAAGGUGAUUAAAAUAUCAAUUUUAAACAACAAAGUCAAGUAUAAGCAACCUUUACUUUGAU